GUGCAGUGCCGAGAGCGAUAUGGCAGCGACAGCUCUCAGCUGGCUCGGUAGCUGGGCCAUCAGUGCCCACAUCAAAGACCGCGUUCAGUCCUACACCCGCCGCACGUGGAAAAAGGCCCUGCGCGGGACGCUGGAAGAGUACUGCGAAGACUACGAGUGGGACGCCGACAAUGAGAUGAGCGACACCGUCGUCAUCGUCAAGGACGCCAAGCUUCGGCCGCACGUGAUCGAUCAGCUUCUGCGCAGCCUCGGCGUGCGCGCCGACGCGGCCACCGUCGGCAGCGUCCGACUCUGCCUCUCGGUCGGCCUCGAUCUCGAUGUCGGUCUCUUCUCCAAGCCUUGGCGCGUCGAGGUUCAGGACCUGAAGCUAGAGCUCGAGCUGGGGGCCGCGCCGGCGGGGGACGAGGCUGAGGACACGGCCGAGGCAGCGGGCUCGGCGCCUUCACCCGACUCCUCGCCGCAGCGGAGCUCAAGUUCCUCCUCGAAGAGGAGCUCCUCCUCCGAGGAUUGGCUGCCUCUGCACCGCGCGGCCGAGAACCUGCAGUUGUCGCUCCGCAACACGGUGGUGGUGCUGCGCGGGCUGGAGCCGGGCAGGUGCCUGGUCAUUCGGCUCGAGCAGGCGACCCUGUCCACUACCGACAGCGAGUGGGCGCCCAUCCAAAAGGUCGCCGCGGACGCCGUGGACGACGGCUCGGUCCUGCACAAGGAGGUCAGCUUCUUCGGCCUUGACGUGCAGCUGCAGCGCGCGCAGGAAGCAGAGGUGGACUCGUGGGAGCGAUCGUGGCUUGGGGAGGGUGGCGACGAGGCGGAUGGCCGGGCGAGCGGCGUCAAGGAGGGCGGCGAGGGGAGGGUGGCGGUGGAGAUACCGACGGCGGUGGCGGGGAGGGUGGCGGUGGGGAUGGCGAUAGGCGACAGGGCGAGAGCGCCCCUCCUGUCGCCGCCGCCGCCCGUGCAGCAGCUGGUAGCGGUGAGCGGUCUGCGGGGCAGGAUGCGGAUCAAGAAGCGGCUGAAGCGUGACCUGACCGGCAGCGUCGCUUCCGACUGGUGGGGGGAUGAGUACCUCUUCCUGCUGAGCGCGGCGUCGGACGGCGUGCCACGGCUGCAGCUCACGGGCGUGCUGCUGCGGCUCAAGUGGUCGGAGGAGAUCGAGGAGUAUGUGCUCAACCACGAGAAGACGGCGCAGCUCUCGGUCGGCCACUCCCUCGACGCGACGCUGCUGGCGGAGCUCAACACUUGGUCGCGACAGAUCCUGCAGGCAUAUGCGGAGGUCGCGCCGUCGGCAGAGACGAGGCUCGCCAUCGAGCAGCGGCGGCGCGCGGAGGAGCACGAGAAGCUCGUGCAUGUGACCCGCUCGCUGCGGGCCGCGCGGCAGAUACUCGAGGACUGGCAGGCGACCGCGAGCGCAAAGCUGGACGAGGCGGCGCGCAUCGCCGCCGAGGUGGCGAUCAAGCAGCACUCCCAGAGCCAGCGCGUGCGCGCGAGGCAGAUGCUCGAGGCGCUCGAGGCGCGGGUGGCGCAGCAGGCGCCGCCGGCGGAGGUAGUGGCGGCCGCGCUCGAGGCGCUGAGAGAGCUGGCAGGGCAGCCCGUGCUGCCGCCGCGAGCCCCGUUUGAGGGCGGCUACAAGCUCGGCGACGCGAGCCGCGCCACGGCAGCGGUGGCCGCGGGCGGGGUGGAGUCCGUCGUGCGCACGGCCACGGGCAACAGCGGCUACAAGUUUGGCGACGGCACGCGCGCCGCGAUGAAGUGGAUGGGCGGCGGCUCCUCUUAGUGAGCUCCACGCUACGGGGCUUUCCUGCGGGCGGGUGGGUUUACUCUCCGAUGACGUUUGUGUGUUUGUGUUUUCGAGGCACAUGGCAUGUGCAUGUGCAUGUAUCACGGAGUCUGUUUU